GGCCUCGGGGACAGGGAGCGGGCCAAGUGGGAUGAGCACACCCUUGGCUCCCACAGACCUGCUGGCCGGGCACCUGUCGGCUGGGGGCCCGCCCGCCAGCUCCACACCCGGGCCUCCGGGCAUCAUCUCGCUCUUCUCCCUGAUGGUGCCAUUCCCACCGUGCUGGGGACACUCAAGCCCCUUGGCCAAGGGCACCCGUUGUAGGUGGCCUGGUCUAGACCGACUCUGGCCUGCCUGGCUGGGACACUGAGCCCUGGGUGGUCCAGCAGCCACUGUGGCCCCGGAGAGGAGAAGUCUGCCGCGGCCUGUGGCCUUCCCCUCCGCACGCCCUCCCGGCCGACCGCCGUCCUGGAGAAGCUCCUAAGGUCGGCCGGGCUCUCCUCUCAAAGCCAGGGGUCCCAGGGCCACCCCCCAAGCGUGGGCAGGCUCUCCCCACGUGGGUCUGGGAGGGGAGGCGGAGGGGGCUCUGGCCUCACGCAGAGGAAGCCCAAAGCCAGAUGUAUGGCCAGGCUCCUUGGGUGUGCUGAGCAGACAAGAGCGGCCCCCCACGUCCUGCUGGCCCGGCCUCGGGGGCAUGGCAGAGUCCGGCUGGAGGGAAGUACCAGGAGCCCUGCCUGCCGGAAGAGCAGCUGCCACCGUUGUCCGGGGGAAUGACAGAGCCCCCUUCUCCAGGCGCGGGCCAUGUUCAGCCCCAGGGAGCUGCUGCUGCUGUGGUUCCUGGUGCUGGUGGUGGGUGGCACUGAGCACGUCUUCGGGCCUGGCCGCAGGGUGUGUGCUGUCGGGGCUCCCCGGGGGCCCGAGUCAGAAUCCUUCGUGCAGCGAGUGUACCAGCCCUUCCUCACCACCUGUGACGGGCACCGAGCCUGCAGCACCUACCGGACCAUCUACAGGACUGCCUACCGCCGCAGCCCUGGGCCGGCUGCCCCCAGGCCCCGCUACGCCUGCUGCCCGGGCUGGAAGAGGACCAGCGGGCUCCCCAGGGCCUGCGGAGCAGCGAUAUGCCGGCCACCAUGCCAGAACGGAGGGACCUGCGUCCAGCCAGGCCGCUGUCACUGCCCUGCAGGAUGGCGGGGUGACACCUGCCAGACAGGCGUGGACAGCGCCGUCGAGGAGGAAGUGCAGAAACUCCGGUCACGGGUGGACGUCCUGGAGCAGAAGCUGCAGCUGGUGCUUGCCCCACUGCACAGCCUGGCCUCGAGGGCCCUUGAGCAUGGGCUCCCGGACCCCAGCAGCCUCCUGGCUCACUCCUUCCAGCAGCUGGACCGCAUCGACUCUCUGAGCGAGCAGAUCUCCUUCCUGGAGGAGCAGCUAGGGUCCUGUUCCUGCAAGGAGGAGCUGUGACAGGUGGCCCGAGUCCUUGGCUCUGGCUACUGAGACACUUGCCCACUGUGCUGGGUCAGGCAGGAGGGGGGUUUCGAGCCAAAGCAGGGUGGCAGGAGAGGUCCUCCUAGGUGUGAUCCUGCCGGAGCUGGGCCAGCAGCAGCGAGCGGGCCCGUGGCUGGGGGUGGGAGUCACGAGUCUUGCUCGCCGGGCAGCAUGUUGGGGGACUGCUCAUCUGUGUCCGAAUAAAACGAAGGUUCAGGA